GUGUGUGUGUGAGUGAGCGAGCGAGUGUGUGUGUGUGAGUGAUCGAGCGAGUGUGUGUGUGAGUGAGCGAGCGAGUGUGUGUGUGUGAGUGAUCGAGCGAGUGUGUGUGUGAGUAAGCGAGCGGGUGUGUGUGCUGAUCCAUCAUGACAGAGCUGUCUGUGAAGUGGUCAUGUGAGUACUGCACAUAUGAAAACUGGCCGUCUGCUAUUAAAUGCACCAUGUGCCGCGCUCAGAGGCCCAGCGGAACCAUCAUAACAGAGGAGCCGUUCCUGAGCAGCACUGGCCCGCGCGCCGGACACCAGUGGGACCCCGUGCACAGCGACAGCCUGCUCAUCUGCCCCGAUUCCAGUGCCCGGCCCCGCGUCCGCCCGGUCGAGUCUUCCGAGCACAGUGGUAAAUGGUCGUGUCAGGUGUGCACCUACCUGAACUGGCCCAGAGCGGUCCGCUGCACUCAGUGCCGCAGCCUCCGACAGCGCAUGUGCAGCCCCACAGAAACCCCACAGACGUCCGGGACCGGCCGCCGACCCGUGUCCGUCCCCUCGGUAGAUCCGUGUGAGGAAUACAACGACCGGAAUCGGCUCAACACGCGGGUGCAGUGCUGGACCUGCUCAGUCUGCACGUACGAGAACUGGCCCAAAUCCCCUCGCUGCGUGGUGUGCGACAACCCCAGACCCAACGACGCCUAUCAGCUGAGCGAGCCUGACGAGCCCUCGUCUGUGAUUAACGAGCAGCAGCGCGGGCGAGCGCGGGGCGUGUGCAGCGGGGCGCAGCGGUACUCGCCCAUCUCCUCUAAACGUGAGGCAGAGCUGCAGAUUGAGCUGGCUGCUGGAGCUCAGAGCGGAAAGGACGAGUUAGAGAUGGACUACAAGAAGCUCAAACAGAUCAAGAACCGCAUGAGGAAAACAGACUGGCUGUUUCUCAGCGCCUGCGCUGGUGUAGUUGAAGGUGAUCUGUCUGCGGUGGAGGCCUACAAGUCAUCGGGUGGAGACAUCGCACGUCAGCUGACCGCCGACGAGGUGCGUCUGCUGAACCGACCCUCUGCGUUUGACAGCGGCUUCACUCUCGUUCACCUCGCCAUCCGCUUCCAGAGGCAGGACAUGCUGGCCAUUCUGCUGACAGAGGUGUCCCAGCGCGCCGUGAAAUGCAUCCCAGCGAUGGUUUGCCCUGAGCUGACAGAACAGAUCCGCAGGGAGAUCAGCGCGUCGCUGCACCAGCGCAAGGGAGAUUUCAACUGCUACUUCCUGACAGACCUUGUUACAUUUACACUGCCAGCAGAUAUUGAAGAUCUGCCUCCCGCCGUUCAGGAGAAGCUGUUUGAUGAAGUCCUGGACCGUGACGUUCAGAAGGAGCUGGAGGAGGAGUCCGCCGUCAUCAACUGGUCUCUGGAGUCGGGCACGCGUCUGGAUAGUCGUCUGUACGCUCUGUGGAACCGCACCGCUGGAGACUGUCUGCUGGACUCGGUUCUACAGGCCACGUGGGGCAUUUAUGAUAAAGACUCUGUGCUGAGAAAAACUCUACAUGACAGUUUACACGACUGCUCUCACUGGUUCUACACGCGCUGGAAGGAGUGGGAGUCGUGGUAUUCCCAAAGUUUUGGGCUUCACUUCUCUCUGAGAGAGGAACAGUGGCAGGAGGACUGGACCUUCAUCAUCAACCUCGCCAGUCAGCCCGGGGCGAGUCUGGAGCAGACGCACAUAUUUGUUCUGGCUCAUAUCCUGCGGCGGCCCAUCAUCGUUUACGGAGUCAAGUAUUACAAGAGUUUCCGUGGGGAAACUUUAGGAUACACUCGAUUUCAAGGUGUUUACCUGCCGUUGCUAUGGGAACAGAGCUUCUGCUGGAAAAGUCCGAUUGCUCUCGGUUACACGAGAGGUCACUUUUCUGCUCUGGUUGGCAUGGAAACCGACGGCUGUGAUAAUCGUGGCGCAGGCGCCAACCUCAACACCGAUGAUGACGUGACGGUGACCUUCCUGCCACUGGUGGACAGUGAGAGGAAACUACUACAGAUCCACUUCCUGUCAGCACAAGAGAUGGGCAGUGAGGAGCAGCAGGAGCGUCUGCUCAGGGAGUGGCUGGACUGCUGCGUGACGGACGGCGGGACGCUGGUGGCGCUGCAGAAGAGCAGCAGACGCAGACAUCACCCGCUCAUCACGCAGAUGCUGGAGAAGUGGCUGGACGGAUACCGGCAGAUGCUCCCGUGUCCCGCGCUCUCGGACGGCGAGGACGAAGAAGACGACGAGGACGAGUGAUCCUGCUGGAGGAAACCAGCUCAAACCAUUUCAACACUGUCUCACAGACGCCCUCUUUCCCAGAAUGCAAUGCAACUCCCCCCCAAACAAAAACAUUGAGGGCUAUCUUUGUGUUUAGUCAAAUGAAUUCUUUGUUUCUUGAAUUUCUCUCCAGCGAAACUACGUUUGUGUCCAUCAUCGUGCUGCAUGUGGCUCUCUAACUAUGGAAUGAUGAAAAUAACCAGAGCUUAUUAAACGAGCACUUACACGAAGCACACACGCAGAUGUUUAUUCUUUCCGUUGAAACGAUAAAACUGAUCACAGGAAUCAAUGUUUAUGAUUUAACUCACACUAAAUGCGCACAUUUCUCACGAGUGUUUCUGUUUCCCUUCGGUUCUUUCCUCUGGAGUGACGCGUGUGCGUUUUGUUCUUUUGAUUGUAUUUAUUUUUGUCUGAGCCGUGUGUUCGCUCGCACUGUGAGGAAAGAGUUCACGGACGUGUUGACCUGUGAUCUCAUCUGUACCUCAUUUGUGAUGUCAGGUGAUUCAGAACGGCUUUAACAUUAAACUAGAAACACAUCUGCUCUCUCA